AGCCAACCUAGGCUUCCGGCUGCUAGCUGCGGUCUUUCUUUCUCGAUCAACUCACAAAGAUGGGUAUAAGCCGUGAUAGCUAUCACAAGAGGCGGGCCACUGGUGGCAAGAAGGCCGCCAUCCGCAAGAAGAGGAAGUAUGAGUUGGGACGCCCGGCAGCCAAUACAAAGAUUGGUGCCAGCCGUAUCCACUUUGUACGAACCCGGGGUGGAAACCGCAAAUUCCGCGCUCUCCGUUUGGAUUCCGGCAAUUUCGCAUGGGCCUCGGAGGGAACUGCCCGCAAGGCACGUAUCAUUGAUGUGGUGUACAACGCCUCGAACAACGAGCUGGUCCGUACCAAAACGCUGGUAAAGAACGCCAUUGUCGUGAUCGAUUCUACGCCCUUCCGGCACUGGUACGAAAGCCACUACCUGUUGCCGUUGGGUAAGAAGCGUGAGGUGAAAGCCGGCGAGGAGGACGUUCUGGCCAAGAAGCGUAGCAAACGGGUUCUGAAGAAGUACGUCAAACGACAGAAGACUGCCAAGAUCGACCCCGCGCUGGAGGAACAGUUCAACGCUGGCCGUUUACUGGCUGUUAUCGCUUCUCGGCCCGGACAAUGCGGUCGCGCUGAUGGAUACCUGCUGGAAGGUAAGGAGUUGGAAUUCUAUCUGAAGAAGAUUAAGAAUAAGAAAUCCAAGUAAGGAGUGACUGCAAACGCAGGCGAGAAGGAGUUUACGAAAUAAAAACAAAGAGUAAAAUGGUA